AUGGCUACCCAGUUUCAAAUAAUCCCACCUGGAAAGUUUUCAUUCAAAGGGAACAUAGGAAAGAAUGGAUCAAGAGAUUUGAACAUUGGUGAGAAACCGCAAUCUGUACGAAUAAAUACACUGAUUUACUGUAUGGGUGACCGUGAAGAGGAAUUUUUCAAUUGUUUUGAAUUUCCACCUGCCCCUGUACCUCAAGAAAAAGAAGAAGAAGCAGUUGAUUGGAAACAAAGAGAAGGUGAGACAGUAGACGAAUAUAUUACUGGUUUAUACCUUUUAGCAGGACAUUGCAAUUAUGGUAACCUGAAAGAGGAAUUGAUCAGAGAUUGUAUUGUAGUUGGAAUACGUGAUAAGAAACUCCAGAGAAAACUACAACUAAUUGAAAAGGAAGAUGAGAUGGCGUGUUUAAUUAAAGGAUGUAAUUUUCUUCUCAAAAAUAUUCCUGAUGAAGCAUUUGCUUUUGUUCGCCAUGGCAACCCUGAAUAUCAGUUUCAAACAUCAGAACCAAACAUUUUUCCGUAUCUUCUUCUUAAUGUGGGAUCAGGAGUUAGUAUAGUUAAGGUUGAAAGUGAGGAUAAGUAUGAAAGGAUUGGUGGCACAGCAAUGGGCGGUGGUACUUUCUUAGGACUAGGAUCAUUACUAACAAAUGCUAAGGAAUUUGAUGAUUUAUUGAAUUUGGCCGUAAAAGGUGAUCAUCGAAAUGUUGAUAUGUUAGUUAAAGACAUUUAUGGUGGUGCCUAUAGUGCCUUGGGAUUGCCAGGUGAUCUGCUGGCCAGUAGCUUUGGUAAAACUGUCAGGAAUUCAAAACAGGCAACAGGUGAAGCAGAAGAAGAUAUUGCAAAAAGUUUACUGCAUAUGAUAAGUAAUGACAUUGGCCAAAUAGCUUGUCUUUAUGCUAAUUUACAUGGUCUUAAGAAAUGUUACUUUGGUGGCUAUUUUAUACGAGGUCAACCAGUUACAAUGAGCACUAUUACAUUUGCCAUGAACUACUGGUCAAAGGGUGAAGUUCAAGGUUUAUUUCUUCGACAUGAAGGUUAUUUAGGUGCUAUCGGGGCUUUCCUCAAAGGUGCUGAAGAAGACGACACUGUUAAAUAUCAGUGGGGUGAGAAUUAUGCUGGCAGUUCUGGUCUUACAUGUAGCAGUCCUCCUCCCUAUGGGAAAUUUGCUACAAGAGGAAGAAGUGGGACAUUUGACAUGUUAGAACUGGACAGACUAGAUCAUCCAUUAGUACAUUUGCCAAAGUUGAGAGAUCCAGGUCAUUAUCAUGCUGAUACUGUAGAUUUGACCAAAGAUACAGAAGCAAGAAUUUACUGGUUAGACUGUUUUGAAGAGGCCAUUGACCGUGUUGCUAAAUGUGCUGUUAAAAGUCAACCAAAUUCUGAAGAUUCCCAAGAAAGAGCUCAACAGUUUAUAAUUAAAUACAGAAAAAGACUUCAGGAAUUACGUGAGCAGCCAUUCAAGGUCGCGCAUCCAGUAAGAAAAUCGGUUAAAGUGAGUUGCGUGUUUGGCAUAAGUGGAAAGUCCUCGGCUACCGAUACUUCGUGUACCAAGACGUCGAGUAGAAGCCCGAUGGUGGAGGGACAACCUCAUAAAUUGGCUAUUAUAUUUGUUGACAAUAGUGGAGCAGAUGUUAUACUGGGUGUUUUCCCAUUAGUCAAAGAACUGUUAAAUAGAGGCACAGAAGUGAUUUUAUCAGCCAACUCAGGACCAGCAUUGAAUGACAUAACACACAAUGAGCUAAGGAUAGUCAUUAAAAGAGUAACAGAAUUAGAUUCUGAUAUCUGUUUAGCUGUAGAUGAAAACCGUCUUACACUAUUGGAAUCAGGAUCUGCAUCACCAUGCCUGGAUUUAAGUCGAGUGGAUCAAGAAUUGGCUGAACAGUGCAGAAAGGCAGAUCUGCUGAUCUUUGAAGGAAUGGGUCGUGCAGUACAUACCAAUUUAGAAGCUAGUUUUACAUGCGAGUCACUUAAACUUGCUGUUCUAAAAAACAAAUGGUUAGCUAAUAGACUCGGCGGUGAAGCUUUCAGUGUCAUGUUCAAAUAUGAAAGAUGAAUAUUGUGAUG